AUGGAGGAAGAAAGACAGAAGAAAGACAGAAGAAAGACAGAAGAAAGACAGAAGAAAGACAGAAGAAAGACAGAAGAAAGACAGAAGAAAGACAGAAGAAAGACAGAAGAAAGACAGAAGAAAGACAGAAGAAAGACAGAAGAAAGACAGAAGAAAGACAGAAGAAAGACAGAAGAAAGACAGAAGAAAGACAGAAGAAAGACAGAAGAAAGACAGAAGAAAGACAGAAGAAAGACAGAAGAAAGACAGAAGAAAGACAGAAGAAAGACAGAAGAAAGACAGAAGAAAGACAGAAGAAAGACAGAAGAAAGACAGAAGAAAGACAGAAGAAAGACAGAAGAAAGACAGAAGAAAGACAGAAGAAAGACAGAAGAAAGACAGAAGAAAGAAGAAAGACAGAAGAAAGACAGAAGAAAGGCAGAAGAAAGACAGAAGAAAGACGGAAGAAAGACAGAAGAAAGACAGAAGAAAAACAGAAGAAAGACAGAAGAAAGACAGAAGAAAGACAGAAGAAAGACAGAAGAAAGACAGAAGAAAGACAGAAGAAAGACAGAAGAAAGACAGAAGAAAGACAGAAGAAAGACAGAAAAAGACAGAAGAAAGACAGAAGAAAGACAGAAGAAAGACAGAAGAAAGACAGAAGAAAGACAGAAGAAAGACAGAAGAAAGACAGAAGAAAGACAGAAGAAAGACAGAAGAAAGACAGAAGAAAGACAGAAGAAAGACAGAAGAAAGACAGAAGAAAGACAGAAGAAAGACAGAAGAAAGACAGAAGAAAGACAGAAGAAAGACAGAAGAAAGACAGAAGAAAGACAGAAGAAAGACAGAAGAAAGACAGAAGAAAGACAGAAGAAAGACAGAAGAAAGACAGAAGAAAGACAGAAGAAAGACAGAAGAAAGACAGAAGAAAGACAGAAGAAAGACAGAAGAAAGACAGAAGAAAGACAGAAGAAAGACAGAAGAAAGACAGAAGAAAGACAGAAGAAAGAUAGAAGAAAGACAGAAGAAAGACAGAAGAAAGAUAGAAGAAAGACAGACAGAAAAAAGAUAGACAGAAGAAAGAGAGACAGAAGAAAGACAGACAGAAGAAAGACAGAAGAAAGACAGAAGAAAGACAGAAGAAAGACAGAAGAAAGACAUAAGAAAGACAGAAGAAAGACAGAAGAAAGACAGAAGAAAGACAGAAGAAAGACAGAAGAAAGACAGAAGAAAGACAGAAGAAAGACAGAAGAAAGACAGAAGAAAGACAGAAGAAAGACAGAAGAAAGACAGAAGAAAGACAGAAGAAAGACAGAAGAAAGACAGAAGAAAGACAGAAGAAAGAUAGAAGAAAGACAGACAGAAGAAAGACAGACAGAAGAAAGACAGACAGAAGAAAGACAGACAGAAGAAAGACAGACAAAAGAAAGACAAACAGAAAAAAGACAGACAGAAGAAAGACAGACAGAAGAAAGACAGACAGAAGAAAGACAGACAGAAGAAAGACAGACAGAAGAAAGACAGACAGACAGAAGAAAGACAGACAGACAGAAGAAAGACAGACAGACAGAAGAAAGACAGACAGACAGAAGAAAGACAGACAGAAGAAAGACAGACAGAAGAAAGACAGACAGAAGAAAGACAGACAGAAGAAAGACAGACAGAAGAAAGACAGACAGAAGAAAGACAGACAGAAGAAAGACAGAAGAAAGACAGAAGAAAGAUUAUCUCAACUAA